AUGGAGACUCCACUUUCAUCUAUACCACAACUAAUCCCAAACCUUACUUCAGCUACAAUGGUUGAUGGAUCCCCACGUGCUAUUGCUCUUGAUACGGAGCUACUUGCGACCGUCCCCGACACAAAGCUUCGCCUAAUGUGCAGCUUUGGCGGUCACAUCGUGCCUCGUCCACACGACAAGGCGCUAACGUACUCCAGCGGCGAGACACGACUAAUAGUUGUUGAUCGACGCUCUUCACUAGCUUCCCUUCGAUCUCGUCUCUCUAGUAUGCUUCUCAAUGGCCGGUCCUUCACACUCAAGUACCAGCUCCCUAACGAAGAUCUUGAUUCGCUCGUCACCAUCACUACCGAUGAAGAUCUUGAGAACAUGAUCGAGGAAUACGACCGUGCGACGUCAUCAGCAGCGGCUAGUGCAACGCAACGGAUACGGUUGUUUCUUUUUGUUAACAAGCUUGAGACGGCUGCUACGAUGGGAUCUUUGCUUAACAGCGCAAAGUCGGAGACGUGGUUUGUCGAUGCUUUGAAUCAGUCUGGUUUGCUUCCUCGUGGUUUGUCGGAUUCUGUCGCUGUGAAUAACACUUUGCUGAAUCUUGAUGAGGGGAGUGGAGGAGAGACUGAAGUUCAAGAACUAGAAACUGAUGUUGGAGGUGAGAGUAACAAGCGAGGAGAUUAUAUUACAAACGAUGUGAUGUCUCAUCAGGAGAUGCAUAUGAGUUCUAUGCCUGAUUCUCCUAUGUUGGAACCCGCUGGUGGUUCUGCCUCUUCUUCUCCUUCCACUGCCAACUUACCAUAUGUCUGUGUGAGAGUAAAUGAAGACCAGAGGAUCGAAGAACAGUUUGCUCAGAUGAGCUUCUCAAACGUGCAGACUCGAACAAUAAGUCCAAUGGUGGGGUAUAAUAACACACCUAUUGAUGAUGUUACUGACGUAAGAAACUACCAAGUUUCAUCAGGCGACGAUCCAUCUGAUCCUGGUGUGAUGGUUGGAUACAAGAAGCCACCUUUGCCGAUGCAGCCUUUGGUGAUUCCUGUUCGAGGUGCCGGCGGGUAUGGCUUGACAUCUCCUAAUUCUAUUGCAAGUGAUAGAAGCAUUUCUUCUGCUACUUCAUUUUCAAAGCCGACGAUGUACUACCAAGACCUAGCUCCAGCUAUCCCAAAAGCUCCCAUAACACAGCCUGAAACCACAUUGGUCCAAACCAGUCAUGCCAUACCUCCACCUGAACCCACUUCAGUCCAAACCACAUCACACGUCCUAUCUCAGUCAGGUACAUACACAACUAUGGACCAACAACACCAACUGUCAGUUCAAAAACCUCUCCUACACCAAGGCGUUCAAUACAUCCCUCAUCCAUCACAAUACGUCCCGGUUUACUCUCACCAGCAGCAAAACUACCCGGUUUAUGUGAUGUCCGUCCCACAAUCUCAGCAGUAUGUCCCAGCAAGAACUCUCCCAGUCUACAUAAACUCAACACUCGCCACAAACCCAAGACCUGAAGCCACUCAAAACGUUUACGGCACUGCGAUAUCGCAAAGACCUCAGGUUCAUCAGAUUCAGCAACAACAAUUGCAACAGGCUCAACAUCAAUACAUGAGUUACUCUGGAGGCCCUCUGGAGACGAUGUAUUUCCAUGCACAACAUCCUCCUGUUAGCAAUGCUACUCAACUGGUUUCUCCGUACCAAAGCAUGACACCUGCGGCAGCUGCAGCCGCUCUAGCUGAUAUGUCCAAGCAGAUGGCUCUUGAUAACGACAGAGAACAACACCAUAUGGCAUCGUCUCAACCGCUUUAA